ACUGCGUCUGAGGUUGCUAUCAUGGAGGGACUGUACACAGAGCAGAAGCGGAAACUCGUACCUUUCUCCAUCAAAUGACUUUUCCCUGUAGUUUUAAACGAAACCCAGAGACUCCUGCGGUCUUUAUGGGAAAACAUGUCACUACUUAGAUUUGAAUAUUGUACACUGAAAACGGAUGACUGAAUUAACAUUUAACGACGUGACGUAGUGAAAACAGGCAGCGGCUCAGAGUUGGACCUGGACCUGUCUUGUUCAUUAAAAACCAGAUAUUGGGAGGAUGCACGCUCUACAAGGACACUUCUCCUACCUCUUAAAUUCCGGGCUGGGAUCUGACGGAAAUCUCGAAAAUGAGAGGCAACAUUUGGCUCAGCAGCAGAAGUUAAGCAAAGCCCGAGCUCGCCAAUUUUUGCUGGAAACCAAUCGACGCAGAAAGUCAGUUUACAUCUUUGCUUUGGCUUUGGAUGAACGUCGGAAGCAGUGGGACAUUCAAGAGCAGCGCCUAAGAGAGAACAUCCUUCAACAGCGUAGACAGCAAGUACAGGAUGCAACCCAGCGCUUUCAGAGAGCCCAUCUACCUCCUUCGGAGAGAUACAGGCAAACUGCCAGAAAAAAUGCCACAAAUAUUGAAGACGCACUUAGUCAAAUCCAAGGCUCGUUGAGUUGUUAUACCCAGAACCCCUCUGUUCUGUCAACCACGAACACUCGCAGUUGCCCUCUGUCUAGGAAGCCUCCUACAGGUUCUAAAUCCUCUCAUCACCAAGCACUCUCUGCUGUGGAGGCCUACGCUAAACUGCUUCAGGAGCAGCGCACGAUAGAGGAUGGGCUGCAGGAUCACAGUCCAGAGGGAAGCCAGCUGUCUGAUUCCUGUGUUUCUGAAAGCCUAUCAAGUAAGGACAGCUUGGAGAAUGAGGACUCAAACCAAAGCACAUUACGUUCCCAGAGUUCCUACUCAUCAUUUUCUCUCGACAUCGAGAACCAGAGAAAGCGAUACGAUUUAACUCCAACAUCAGACCCAACUUCAGUCUCAGCAAUGAUGCUUCUUGAUCAAAAUCCAGCCCAGCUUGGAAAAAUUAAUGAAUGCAAGAAAGAAAAACAAGAAGAUUCUAAGUGUACUAAUAAUGACGUGGUUGUUUCUAAAACUUUCACACCUGAAAAGCAAACACCUAAAAUAGACCUCACUCACAAUCCCCUCCCUCUUAAGGAUUGUGACUUGUUAACUCUUUUGACACCUAUUAAUGGAGACUCAAAGCACUUUGAGGUAAAGUGCUUGAUAAACAGUCACAACCUUCUGGUAACAAAUGAAGGUGGUACUGUUGAUACUGAAGUGGAAGCUUUAUAUCCUGGAGAAAAGGCUUUGUUGGAUUUUAGAUCUCAGAUGGUCCAUGAUGGCAGUCAGAUAAACUAUCCUUCCACUCAAUACGUUCCUUUUUCUACUGAAAAUGGCAUUUUAUUUGAGACACAGUUGAAAAAAAGCACAGCCAAAAAUCACUUAAAUGAUAUAGUCCUUUUCCAUACAGAGAAAAAAAACUUCCACCUGUCAUCUGAAAAAGAAACCUGUGCUUCCAUAAAUAAUCUCAAUAAAGUCUCAAACCUAAUGUACAAAACAGAGAAGCCCAUAAAUGCAGUAUCGCUAUCACAUGAAAGCUUAUCUAAUAUUCAGUCAAAGUCAGAUAAAUUUAACUGUCCAAAAGAAGAAGAUAAAAGAGUACCUUUGUCAGUGGCCUCUUCUCAUUCAGUAUGUGACGUCAGAUUUCUUAAAGGAAUCCUCAAAAAACAGUCCACAUAUACUUCAGAAGAUUCCUAUUUGUAUGACUCGGGACAUUUAGUUUUGGCAAAGCAUGUAGCGUUAACGAUAAGAGACAGUAUUGAAUUGACAAGAGCAAAAACAAAGGAUAAGGUGGUCAAUAACACCAUAAAAAAGAAGCUUCGUUGGUUUGAUGAAGUCCGUCCAGAAAAGGAGGCUAAAGAGCAAAACACAAUGAAACAGAAUAAAGACAUGCCUUACAGUCUGUCUCACCCAACAAACAACUCAAAGGACCACCAUCCAAGUAUUACUAUGGAAUCGAGUUCUUCAAAGUCUGGACCCAAAAUGACCCCUGCAGACUCUGCUGGUUAUCACUUUACAAAAGGAGCAUGGACAGAUGUUGGGGUUCAAGUCAACUUGCCCCAGGAGCAAGUAGACGGGGUCAAGGUGCUGCGUACCAGCGCUAGGACCGGUGGGCCAAGGGCCCCUCAGAGGAAUCGUAGUGUCAGAGCUGGUGGGGGUCCUGUUUCCUCACGGACAAGAAAGGGCACUGUCAUACGACCUCAAUCUGCCACCGAGGUGAGUCAGAUUGCUCAAACCCAGGGGAAGAUCAUAGUGCCCCGCCCACCUCCUCGGACAGAGCCACUGGAAGAAAAUACAUCUUGCAUCAGCACGACUCCAUCUGGCACAAACCACACCACCUUCAGCUAUAAACAGGCCUUCGUUACAGCGGAGGCUCUGUGCAAGAACAACUCAAUGGAGAUAUUCUCACCUAACAAGCAUCAUCCAGUCACAGCAGACUCUACUGUUAUGUACACAAUAACACCACAUUCAUAUCCCUGCCCAGCCUGCCCAUUCCUAAACCCCAACGCAAAGGGCAAACCCAGUUCAGGACAUCAGGGGACUGACGACAUCAACAAUAGAGGAAGAGGUAUGAUGAAUAAGAAAGGCCUCUGUCUGCACAGCACCCCCACAGACGAGGAGAUUUCACAGCUCUGGCAUGGAGUCCGCAGUGCCCUAAACACAAAGGAUGCUAAACCUGUCCUUACAAAGCAAACCCUGGACAGCAUGAAAGUCUGCAGAAAACCCUGUACUGAGCAGAGCACACAACCUCUUGGCUCAGGAAGCAGAAGACUUCUUCAGAGUUCUCAGAACACUGAGGUAAUCAGACCAGGUCCAAGAACUUGCAACACAGUCUCUCCAAACGAAGGGUUUGAGAGUGCAGCCCAGUUACAGAUGGCUGAAGUGCAUCCUGAAGGCUUUGUUAAACAGAAUCAGAUUGUGGCCAUCAUGGAGAGAGCCCAACCACAGAGCCAUGAAAGAGUGCAGGAGGGCCUCACCACCCUUUCUCUAGAAGAGAGGAAAAUCAUGCUGUCUCUGGAGAGACUCAACCGCCAGCUGUACUGUUUGAAAGAGCAUCCGGGGGGCAGAGAUGACAAUAAGGGUAAUUUAAUUACUGGUACACCCUUUACCAAAGAAGCAAAAAUUUCAAAUAAUCACAAGCACCGAGGAUCUGCAAUCCAGCUUCAUUACCAGAAGAAAAUGUAACAUGUUUUAUUCUUCAGUCUCACCAGUUCUUACAUAAAACGUUUUAUUACUGAAAACGUA